AUGGCCGGAAAAGUGGCCAGAUUUCUGCCUAGCCACCACCGGGAAAGAGACGGCGGUGGUAGCUAUGGCUCUGAAAAGGCGAGCCUUGAGGAAGUAGAGUUCGAGUUUCUUGGGGAUGGAGGGGAGUCAUCAUUUGCUGCAACUACAAGCAGAGAUGAAAUAUUGGAAUUAAAUGAAGAUGAUGACGACGAGGGCAAAAAAGGAAUUGAGCAGAACAAGAGCUUCUGGGACAACCAGCACCAACUUUUGCAGGCUACGCUGCGUAGAAGCAGCAGUUUGGAGUCAAGAAUAAGAGAUAGAACAAAAGAAGCCGUUAACAAGAUACAAAUCUCGGAGGCUAUUAAUAAUUAUUGCGGCUGUGAAGAUCCCAAAGGAAACAACUUUUCCUUCUGCAAGAAGUGCUUAUUGAGAAGAGUUUCAAGUCAGCUUCAAAGUGGGGGCCAUAACAGUGCCAUUUGCAAAACAAAAUGGAGAAACUCACGACCCGAUAUUCCUUCAGGGGAGCACAAUUUUGUGGAUGUGGUAGACACCACAAGCUCAAAGAAAGGAGAGGUGAUUAGGGUGAUCGUUGAACUGAAUUUCCGAGCUGAAUUUGAGAUGGCAAGGGCGAGCAAAGAGUACAACCGAUUAGUCCGACGGCUGCCAGAGGUGUUUGUGGGGAAAGUUGAAAAACUAAGAACCCUAAUAAAGAUAAUGUGCAUGGCAGCUAAAAGAUGUAUGAAGGAAAAUAAAAUGCACAUGGGACCGUGGAGGAAGCAAAGGUAUAUGCAAUCAAAGUGGUUAGGUCCAUGUGAAAGGAACACUUCAACAACUUUGUCCUCAAUGAUCUAUUCUGAUGGGAGGAUGGUGCCAAAGAUGAAGGUAAAGCCAAUGGCUUCCAUGUUAACAAUAGAUUUGCAAGAGAAACUUCCUAAUAUGCAUUGUACAAUGGUUGAAGUUUCCUAAUUAGUAAUAAAUAAGGUCUUUUUUUUUAACUUAAAAAGAAUGGAUGGUUUCAUGUGGUCAAAAUUGUUAGUGUUUUCUACUAAGCACAGGUAUCAUCCUAUUAUAAGCAAUCACGCUCGAGGUACUAUCUCAAAAUUGUUAUCCCCAUAAGAAUGCUAGCUUAGGUCUUCACAUAUAUGAAUGUGAGGAUUUAGUAAGUAAC